AUCAACAGGCAGACCAACCAGCCAAGUAAUAGGGAGUCCGUGAAAAGGAGGAGUCACGGAGCCAAGAAAAAUGGAUUCUUUUUUCCCCAUGCUCCUCCUCGAAGCUUUGCUGUGGACCCAGGCGGCAUCCUUGAUCAAUUUAAAAUACUCAGUAGAGGAGGAGCAGAGAGCGGGGACAGUGAUUGCAAAUGUCGCCAAAGAUGCUCGAGAGGCCGGCUUUCUGCUGGACGCUCGGCAGCCCGCCUUCCGGGUGGUGUCCAACUCGGCCCCCCACUUGGUGGAUAUCAACCCCAACUCUGGGCUGUUGGUCACCAAACAGAAAAUCGACCGGGACCUGCUCUGCCACCAGAGCCCCAAGUGCGUGAUCUCCCUGGAGGUGAUGUCCAGCUCCAUGGAGAUCUGCGUGGUCAAGGUGGAAAUUAAGGAUCUGAACGACAACACGCCCAGUUUCCCCAGCUCGGAGGUAGAGCUGGAGAUCUCCGAGACCGCGAGCCCCGGCACGCGCAUCCCGCUGGACGGCGCCUACGACCCGGACUCAGGCAGCUUCGGUGUGCAAACGUACGAGAUCACGCCCAAUGACCUCUUUGGCUUGGAGGUGAAGACCCGCGGCGACGGCUCCCGCUUUGCUGAGCUAGUGGUGGAGAAAAACUUGGACCGUGAGACCCAAGCCCACUAUAACUACCGCAUCACAGCCCUGGACGGUGGCGACCCGCCGCGCAUGGGCACCGUGGGGCUCAACAUCAAGGUGAUCGACUCCAACGACAACAACCCGGUGUUCCCGGAGCCCACCUACUUGGUGAGUGUCCCCGAGAACGCGCCCCUCAACACGCCCGUCAUCCACCUCAACGCCUCCGACCCCGACGAGGGCACUAACGGCGAGGUGGUUUACUCCUUCUACGGCUUUGUCAACGAAAAGGCCCGCGGCCUCUUCCAGAUCGACCCGCACAGCGGUCUGAUCUCGGUGAGCGGCGCCAUCGACUACGAGCAGGGCCGCGUGUACGAGCUGGACGUGCAGGCCAAGGACUUGGGGCCCAAUUCCAUCCCGGCCCAUUGCAAGGUCACCGUGAGCGUGCUGGACGUCAAUGACAACGCGCCGGUCAUCAACCUGCUGUCGGUCAACAGUGAACUGGUAGAGGUGAGUGAGAGUGCCCCGCCGGGCUACGUGAUUGCGCUGGUGCGGGUGUCCGACAGAGACUCGGGGGUGAACGGUCGGGUUCAGUGCCGCUUGUUGGGCAACGUGCCCUUCCGCCUCCAGGAGUACGAGAGCUUCUCCACCAUCCUGGUGGACGGGCGCCUGGACCGCGAGCAGCGGGACCAGUACAACCUCACCAUCCAGGCCCGCGACGGCGGUGUGCCUUCUCUGCAAAGUACCAAGUCCUUCACCGUCAAGAUCACUGACGAAAACGACAACCACCCACACUUCUCCAAGGCCUACUACCAAGUCAUAGUGCAGGAGAAUAACACCCCUGGGGCCUAUCUGCUCUCGGUCUCGGCCAGGGACCCGGACUUGGGCCUCAACGGCAGUGUCUCCUACCAGAUUGUGCCCUCGCAGGUGCGAGACAUGCCUGUCUUUACCUACGUGUCCAUCAAUCCCAACUCGGGGGACAUCUACGCCCUGCGCUCCUUCAACCACGAACAGACCAAGGCUUUCGAGUUCAAGGUGUUGGCCAAGGACGGGGGCAAUCCUUCCCUGCAGAGCAAUGUCACCGUCCGGGUCAUAGUCCUCGACGUGAAUGACAAUACCCCAGUGAUCACCGCGCCGCCCCUGGUCAACGGCACCGCCGAAGUCUACAUCCCCCGAAACGCCGGUGUGGGCUACCUAGUGACCGUGGUCAAGGCUGAUGACUAUGAUGAGGGCGAGAAUGGAAGGGUCACCUAUGACAUGACCGAAGGCGACCGGGGCUUCUUUGUGAUCGAUCAAGCCAACGGCGAGAUCCGCACCACCCGGACCUUCGGGGACAGCUCCAAGGCCACUUACGAGCUCAUCGUGGUCGCCCAUGACCAUGGCAAGACCUCCCUGUCAGCCUCUGCCUUGGUCUUAAUCUAUCUGUCCCCGGCCCUCGAUGCCCAAGAGUCGGUAGGGUCUGUUAAUCUGUCUCUGAUUUUCAUCAUCGCCCUGGGAUCUAUCGCUGCCAUCCUCUUCGUCACCAUGAUCUUCGUGGCAGUGAAAUGUAAGAGAGAUAACAAGGAGAUCAGGACCUACAACUGCAGCAGCUGUCUAGCCAUCCCUCGCCUCUUCUGCCAUUUCAUAAAAAGGCCCAAACGGCAAGUGGAGGGUCUGCGGCUCUGUUUCUCCUGGGAACAGGGAGGAAGGCAGAAAAGCAGGGGAGAAACGGAGCCUACCGGGACCAGGAUUGCUGAGUACUCCUAUGGGCACCAGAAGAAAUCGAGCAAGAAGAAGAAAAUCAACAAGAAUGACAUCCGGCUGGUGCCCCGGGACGUGGAGGAGAAUGACAAGAUGAACGUGGUCAGCUGCUCCUCCCUGACCUCGUCCCUCAACUACUUCGACUACCAUCAGCAGACCCUGCCACUAGGCUGCCGUCGCUCAGAGAGCACCUUCCUGAAUGUGGAGAGCCAGGGUGGUCGGAAUGCAGGCUCCAACAACGUCUACCACCACACCUUUACCGUGCAGAGUGCCCAGCAGCCCGACCUGAUCAUCAACGGGAUGCCUCUGCCAGAGCAGCUCCACAUUCAAGGACUUGGAGGGAAAUAGUCUGAAGGACAGUGGACAUGAGGAGAGUGACCAGACGGAUAGCGAGCACGACAUCCAGCGGGGCCUGUACUGCGACACGGCCGUCAAUGAUGUCCUGCAUUCCGGUGUCGCCUCCAUGGGCGCUCAGCUGCCAGACCACGAUCAAAAUGAAGGCUUUCAUUGCAGGGAAGAAUGCCGCAUUCUCGGUCACUCUGACAGGUGCUGGAUGCCUAGGAACCCUCUUCCUACUCGGGCCAAGUCCCCAGAUCGUGGAAGAAACAUCAUCACUCUGUCUAUUGAAGCGACGGCUGCCGAUGUCGAGGUUUAUGAAGACUGCACGACCAAGAGGACUUUUGCAACCUUUGGCAAGGAUGGAGGUGACCACGCUGAGGACCGUUCCGCCCAGAAAGGCAAGAGAGCGGCAGACCUGGCCAUCUGCAGCCCCAAGGUCACCAGUGCCAUCCGUGAGGCAGGCAACGGUUGCGAAGCCAUCAGCCCGGUCACUUCGCCUCUCCAUCUGAAGAGUUCUCUGCCUACCAAGCCAACGAUGGUCACCUACAGUGCCAUCAUACACUGCCCUGCUACCCACACCGUGGAGCAGUUCCCCAACAACGGGCCUUCUCGUCCCACUGAAGCAGAGCCACGCGGAGCCGACAGCGAGAAAGUGGUGCGCGAAGUCAACCCUCUCCUGCCUGAAAGCCCCGAGAAAGAGUCCCCGGGAGCGAAGAGGCUGAAAGAUAUCGUGCUGUAGGCUGGCCACAUGCAGAGGAGGAGCGACCAUGGUGACAGAUACACAGAACAACCAUGGUGAUGUACGCGCAAAUCAACCAGCUGAAAAGCGUUUUAGUGGCUCACCAAUGCCUGUAUUUCAAAGUUUUCCCUAAAUGUAUUGUUUGUUUGUGAAUGAUACUGUCAUAAUGUGACAAUCCCUCUUGUUUCAACAGGAGACAGGGGUGUUCAUUUGGAGCAAAUUAGCUUUGGUUUCUGGGGGCCUUGGGGUGGGACAACAGUAAGGCAAAUUGAGUUGUAAGAAGUAUUAUGUCUUAAGUAUUUUGGAUUUCUAUAUUUUUCUAUAGUAAAAUUAUAAUGUAAAUGACUAUUGUUUGUGGAGCCGAAAGUAGCCCAAACUGCACCUGGGGCAAAUUUAGUUGGGGAGAGAAAGGUGCAGAGCACAAUCGAAAGGUGGGAGGAAGGCAUCUCAGAAGAGGGCUGCCAUAGUGAUGGAUUAGGGGCAGCCACCGUCCAUGUCUCUUGAGGAGCGUGGCAGGGAGGAACAAGGGACAGCCGUCAUCAUGAGGAGGAAGCACACCCUCAUGCGAGUACCCCGGACUGAAGGCUCACGUACCCUGUUCGAGUUACGGCUCAGAUUAUUUGUAAAGGAUUAAAAAAACAAAAAACA